UCGUCGUCGUCGUCGUUGGUCGCAGUUGCCGUCGAGUCGAACUCUAAACGCAUCUCUAAAACGCUCCACAGCGCACAUCUCCCUGCCUUUAAACUCGCGCGCCCGCGCAAACCUCUCUGUAAUGUUAAUACGGAUGAGUGACAGUUUAGCUGCGGAGCGCCGAUCGUUCUAGUUCCGCGCGUUUUGUGAGCACUGAGUUCCGUAUAUAGUCUUUCUCCUCGCCUUUCCGUGUCAUAGCCAGCGAACUAUGGAAGAUCAAGAAAGGAGCGUGAGACUGACGCUGGAGCGACUGCGCGAGCUGUUCGCCAAGGAGGAGCCGGACAUAGAGAUCCUGAGCUCGGACGAGGCCCCGGGCUCCGGGCGCGGCGACAAUUACACGUCGAUGCUUUACCGGCUGGAGGUGCAGGGCCGCAAUCGGCGCACCAGCCAGCCCUGGAGCAAGUCCAUCAUCUACAAGGUGCUGCCCGAGUCGAAGGAGCGCCGCGAGCUCUACAAGAGCGAGCUGCUCUUUCGCAACGAGGUGGUGUUCUACACGAAGGUCUGGCCGGAGCUGGCGCAGCUCCAAGCCGACGGUCGGCCGGUCUUCAAUGGCGUGGCCAAGGUCUACCUGGCGCAGCACGAUCUCAUCGCCAUGGAGGACCUGCGGCCCAAGGGCUACAAAAUGGCCGACCGCGUCAAGGGCCUGCAGCUCGACGACCUGAGGCACGUCCUCAAAGCCCUGGCUGGCUUUCACGCGCUCAGCUUGAGCCUCAAGGAUCUGAGACCGGAAACGUACGCGCGACUCUCGCGGAUGGACAACUCGGACUCGGAGUCGGGCUCGGAGAGCAACGAGGCCGUGCAGGAGGCUCUCUUCCGAAUGGAGAACAAAGAGUGGUACCGCACUUAUUACCGCAUAGCCACGAGCAACGCGCUCAAAAUGCUGGCCGACGGACUGGCCGCCGACCGGAAGGACGAGGUGAUCGCCAAGUUCCGAGCUUUCGUCGACGAGAAGCGCUUCUUCCGGGAGAUGUGCGAGCUCGUCUCGACCCAGGGACCACUGAGCGUCUUUUGUCACGGCGAUUGUUGGACCAACAACUUUUUGUUCAUCGACAAAGACGUGCCCGACGCCGAGGUUGUCUGUUUGGUGGACUUUCAACUGACGCGAGUCGGCUCUCUGGCGCUCGACUUGGCCUACGUGCUUUACUGCUCCACGAGCGGUGACGUGAGAAAAGCUCACAUGACCUCGCUACUGCAGCACUACCAUCGUCACUUGAUGUCGGCGCUCAAUGCUCUCAACCCGAGCUGCACCAGAGACCCCGACCACAUGUGGAAGCUCUUGAACGACGAGAUGCGACGCUGCAGUCGCUUUGGACUCGGUCAAGCUCUCGACAUGCUACCCAUCAGCACGUGUACCAGCGACGAGGCCCCGGACUUGUACGAGGACCAGAAUACCGACGACGAGGAGAAAGCUGAAGGUGGUUACAGGGCCCCACCGCCCGGCAACGCGCAGUGCACGAGGCUCAUGACGGAUCUCGUGCUUGAGCUCGUUGACAGCGGCGUCAUUUAGUCUGUCUAUUUUUGCCGAGACCAAGUUUCAUCGGUUCUUCGCGCGCUGCAUUGCUCGUUAUUUUCGUGCUUUGGGCUCCUGAAAAAAAUAUCUUAAUCACGCGGGAGCAGAAUGUAUUGCAGUUUUUUGCUUGUCAAAAGUAUACGUGUUGACAGUUUAACAGAAAAAUCUGAGCACACAUAUCUAUAAAAA